AGCGAAAUGACGUCACGACGCACGCAAGUCUCGCCCACUGGAUGCCGCAAGGAAACUGCUGCGCUCCCCAAACAGAGCGAGCAGAAUAAAGCCCAGGGCUGCCUUCUACGAGGAAUUAUGCCAAAGCAGGUGGCAAUGUGGUCACAUAAUCCAGAACUACAUUCCCCAGAAGUCUGUGCUGCACAACAAACAUGUCUGCUCCCUGAAAGGGGAAGAGAGCCCAGCUGAUCUGUGCAGCCAUAACUGCUAGUUCUUUUGUGUUCACAUUCUUUAUUAUAACUUCACCACCAUGAAACUCCUCAGCGUUCUUCUAACCCAGAAUACAAGAAGUCCUCUCUUUCUAUUGGUCUCUUCAAGCAAAUCUCCCGGCUGUGAAGUCUCUUACUUUUGCUAUUAUUCAACCUACAAGCAUAAAAGAAGCAUCAAGGAAUGUUACAGGAUCCUGAAGCUCCCUGAAGGAUCUUCUGCCGAUGAAGUGAGAGAUUCCUAUAGAACCUUGGCCAAGAAAUACCAUCCUGACAGCGGCGGAACCACUGCAAACGCCGCCAUGUUCAUGCAGAUUGAUGAUGCCUAUAGGGACGUGUUGACCCACUUGGCCACAGAGUCUAAGAAAGCAAAGGACCUGGAAGACGAGGAUGAAAAGAUGUCAGUGUAUAAGGUACCGCAACACAGACAAUACUUGAGCUAUGAAGGUGUUGGUUUUGGCACACCAAGUCAAAGGCAGAGGCAGUAUAUGCAGUUUCGUGUGGAUCGGGCUACGGAUCAGGUUCUAGAUUAUCGUAAGCAGAAGCUAGAACGUCAGUAUGCUGAAAACUCAAUGAUAGCCAAAGAUGUCAAAUACAGCAAAAAAGUAAAAAUAACUCAAGCCAUUGAGCGGUUGGUGGAAGACCUCAUCCAGGAGUCUAUGGCGAAAGGGGAUUUUGAUAACCUCAGUGGGAAAGGAAAGCCCCUCAACAAGUUCUCCUCGUGUCCACAUAUUGACCCCAUGACCCAUAAUCUCAACAGAAUAUUGAUAGAUAACGGUUAUCAACCUGAGUGGAUCAUAUUACAAAAAGAGAUCCGAGAAACUAUCGAUAAACUGAGAGAAGGUUUGGUGGCUUCUCGGAAAAAAAUGGGAGAUCCCAUGACCUACAGGCAGGAAAACCAAUGGACGGAGAUUUGUGAGACCUUCAGAGGAGAUAUAACAAAACUUAACAAGAGAAUCAACGACUUUAACCUGGUUGUCCCACUAUUGAGCAGGCAAAUGGUCCAUUUCAAUGUGGAGAAAGAGAUCUCUCGAGCGGAGCAGGCGUUUAUCACCCUCAACGAGGAACUGAAAGCGGCAAAUAACACCGAGGCCGGUGAACAGAUGGACAACCAUCCGGUCAACCCCACAGAGGUCUUCUUAAAUUGGAUAAAGCAGCUGAAGAACUUCAGAAAUCUGAAUAAACAUAAUAAAGACUAGUAGAAUAUAA